AUGGAUGUCAGUGCAGAGUCAGGGAAACGCCCCACCACGGUAAGCUAGGGUUGCUGUAGAAAUACAUACAUUAUGAUAGAAUGCGUAUGUCUAUGCUUGUUUGCAUAACUUACAAUAUAACUAUUGUUGUUCUCUUUAGACUGGAGGACACGACUUUGAAAAGGAGCUGUCGUUAUCAUAUACCCUUCACGAGACAGACAGUGGCAUAAUUUCCUUACAGGUUUUGGAGUUUAAAACAAGUCUUCAUGAAGCAGUGGAAGAACUACAUAUUCACAGGGUACUGUGAUUUAUAAAGAUCCUUCAAAUAUCUCUUGAUGUUAUGGUAACAUAAAGAUAGAUAAUAACUUUCUACAUUCUCUGAAAUUGUUACAGGAAUUAUAACAUAAAACAAAAUCCUUAUUUUCAGGAAUGUCUCCACAAUAACAACUUCCUCUUCAUCCCAUUGUUUACCAGGAAGAGCUCAGACACUUACGGCUCUAUUUGGUCAAGUCAUGAGGAACUGGGGAGUGUAAUUUCGUAGGAGGUAUAUUAUGAGUUUUCAGAGGAAGCUCACAGCCCUUUUUGGCCAUCUGGACACAAGCCAGCUGUAGUUGCACAUCUGAACGGGGUCAUGCAAGCAAAGACCUGGUGAAUUAAUGUAUUUGCUUAUAAAAAGGGUACCCCGUAGCAAGCACUUUAAACCUGACACUGGACAUGUUUAAAGGUUAUAAGAGGAAAAUAAACUAUUGGCUCUCACAUUUUAUUGUUAUUACCAUGUUUCUGGGACAAAAACAUUUAAUCAAUAUGAUCCUCAGGCAUGCCGUUAAAGUAACACUUUGUAGUUCUUUGGUUUAUUGGUGUGAUGUUAAAAGCAUAGGAUGUCAUGUCAGACUAUCUUGCGCCGGCCAAAUUCCAUCACAUUUGUUUUCAUAUACAUUGUGAAGAUGGAAUAGUGGCAAAUACUUUUAACUACACCUAUUUAAAAUUAUAAUAUGGAUGUUUAGGGGCAUGAAGUUAAAGUUUGGGCAUCUCAUUGAUCUGCCUGCAUUCCCACUCCAGGCUUAAUCCAUGUGUUUUUAUGCCCUGACUAUGAAGAGAUUAAAUGAAAACCAAUGGCAGGCAUUUAUCUGAUUUUAGAAUACUGUGUUGUGAAUUUUCACAUAAUAGGGUGAUUCACAUACUGUAUUCAGAUUGCAUAUGGGAUAGGCCUGAUAUUUACAGUGUGUUGUGGCUCAGGCCUUAUUUGAUCUAUGUUGCUUCUUUUGAUUUACUUAGAUAACCAAGUUUAAUAGCCUAUUUACUGGGCUUGCCCCCCAUCAAAUCAUUAUUCCUCUGCAAACUAACAGCUUUAUCUUGUGUGCACUUUUCGAGUAUGCCAUGCUGGUAGCAUAGUUUAAUGGGAACUUAUAAAUAAACUCCAUGAGCCAACUCCCACACGCAUAUUAAAAAGUCCCUAGAUCUAGGAAAGCAAUUGACUUUUACCUGCCUUCCAGGGCCGAGGGAGGAUGAGGAUGGCUUUGCACUAAAUAUCACCACUCUAAUGUACCGCUACUUCCCCAAAGAACUACUGAAACUCAAUUCAUAGUUGAGCCUCCCUCUUUGAAUGUAUUCUGUGGACCGUAUAAAACUCCAUCUUUAAGAAAAAUAUAUUGGUAUUUUUCAUUAUAUUACUUCAAUGCUAAGAAUACUGUACUACUACUUUGAAAUCUGUGAGAUUUGCUAUGUAUUUCUAAUAUUUGUAUUGUCUUUUUGCUUCAGGAGGCUGAAACUCGGUAUGAAGAGCAGAUUAGUAAACUUGUAUUGGAGAAGCAGGAAUUAGAAUGGCAGAAGGUACCUAGUUAGACUAGUUGUUGCCUAGUUAGGCUAGUUGAAUGAGACAGCUGCAAAUAUUUGACAUUUACAUUUUAGUCAUUUAGCAGACGCUCUUAUCCAGAGCGACUUACAGUUAGUGAGUGCAUACAUUAUUAUUAUUUUUUUUUAAUACUGGAAUCGAACCCACAACCCUGGCAUUACAAAUGCCAUGCUCUACCAACUGAGCUACAUCCCUGCCGGCCAUUCCCUCCCCUACCCUGGACGACGCUGGGCCAAUUGUGCGCCGCCCCAUGGGUCUCCCGGUCGCGGCCGGCUACGACAGAGCCUGGAUUCGAACCAGGAUCUCUAGUGGCACAGCUAGCACUGCAAUGCAGUGCCUUAGACCACUGCGCCACUCGGGAGGACAUUGACUAAUGCUUUACUCAUUAUUGUCAGUGUGCUUGCGUAAGAUAGCUAAUUAAGAAUAUCUCACAAAUGACGAGAGAAUAACAAUUAUUAAAUUAUUUAUCAGUUCACCUCUGGAAUUAUUUUCUGAGUUAAUGUAAUUCCUUAUUUUUUGUAGGAAUCCCUUCAACAUCAAAUUGACAACAUGGCAAAUCAACAUAUGGAGUCUCUUGCCAAUGUUAAAAAACAGGUGAUUUUCUCAGUCUCCAUUUUUCCGAUUGGGCGUAGCAAAAUCAUAUAAUAUGUUGCUGCAGUGCUCAUUUCCUACUGUGUAAGGGAAAGUAGGAAAGGCACAUACGAUCAACCUUUACGAUGGCGAAUGUGCAUAAAUUCAGAAUUGUUUUAGCACUGCCCACAUCGUUUUUAAACUACGGCGCGCCACAUGGUUCAAUGUGCCAGUAAAUCAGCACAAUUUACUUUUUAGUUUUUUCAAAUUGCCGCUGUCUUGGAGCUAGUAUUGGGAUCAUGUAUACUGUGCUAAUGACAAUACAAAAAAAGUAACGGAGAGCAAUGUACAAUAUGGCAAACUUAGCAAAUUAAGCAUUUGUGGUAAGUACAUGGGGACCGCCGUCUUUAUGCACCUUCGCCAUUGAUGUAUGUGGAUGUCUGGUGAAGGAAAAACAAUGUAACCAGCUUUAAUUUUUUGUUGAAAUGAUGUCCAACUUUACUUUAUAGUUUGGUGACAUUUGUUUCUGAUAUCAUGAUCAUAAUAGUUUUGCAAUCUGUUUAAAUUUUCUCCCCUUAAUUAAGUUUCAGUCCAAAAUCAGAGGGGUUGAAGGUGAAAAGGUAUGAUACACUUUAAUUAUCUUCUUUUAUUGAUAGUCUUUUUUUCUGACCUUUUUCUCAACAUACUGUGACACUAAAGGUCAUUGUUUCAUAUUGUUUUGUUGGAAUGCAGUAAUUCAGUGAUGCAGAAAUUACAUUACUGAGUUUAGUUUAGACUUAACAAAUACAAUCUAUUCUAUUUAUUCUAAUAAACUAAACAAUUCUAUUCUGUGGCAAUGUUCCUUUGAAGGGAAAGCACCAGCUGACAGCCGAGUUAAAGGACAAGGAGAUCAACAGUCUGAAGGAGGAACUGAAAUUGUUGCAGGUAACGUUUCUAGAAAACACACACACCCAGAGGGAGCGGGACACCUCUCCAUUCCCCCCUGUUCGUCCCAUUUGGAGGCUAUGGGUGAAGCGCUAUCCCGCCGUUGACCUUCUGAGUUGGGGUGUGUGUGGAAUAGACACUGGGGUGAGACAGCUAAGGUGAUAUACGGCAGUCGCCAUGGUCCACUGCAUUUACAACCUAACCCUGGGAUUGGGCAAUAACGGCUCUUUUUGAUAUUUUAUUUUGUAGUAUUAUAAUGGACUUCUUGGUAAUAUUAUGGCACAAUUGUGUUGACUUUAUUUUAUGUCCUAUCUUAAACCAUUUUAAUUCCAUGUGUUUGUAUUGUGAGUUAAAUUCUUAAGAGUUUGUGUUUCUAUUGAAUGUUAUUUGCACGUGUGUGAGGCUUUGGUUAUUCUAUAACAUUUCCCUGAAAGUCUGCACUGUAGUUGUCAUGAAAUCUUGAUGAAAAACAUAACCGUCUUUUUACUACUGUUUUACAGUUGUUCAAGUACAGUUUGGAGAAGAAAUUAAGCGAGCUGGUAAGGAUUCCAAUUAUAUAAAUUGUUGACGGGGGAGAGUGGGAGUGGGCGGAAUGAAAGAGGAGGAUGAGGAGAGGGAAUGGUUCAUCAGGAGUAACGGAUAGGGAGUGUGUGACACUUGAACCGCCAGUGCAGCCGAGAAAAUAUCACUAUUAAAAUAUUUUAUAACUGAGCCUCGCUCUGUUUAACCUUCCAGUGGCUAGGAAAAAAUGUGUCUUGAUACAGACAAUCAAACAAUAAUGACAGCGAUGAACAAUAAAAGGCUCUCAGGCAUGUGUCAAGUUGACUCCUUAUCUCUAGGAGGGGAGCUGGCGGCCAAGAUGUUAAACAAAGGUCCUCUCAGCCCAAAGUGACAGCAAACUCUUUCCCAGUGUCCUCCUCCUUUGUGGUAGCUGACUGAGGAAAAUCAUACCAAUCCUGACCAUUCUACUGAGAGAACCUAGUACUGCUUAUUACAGGAGCAAAAGCUGCAGCUGCAGACCCAGACCAAAGACAGCCACCUGAACCAACUGGGGGAGGUGGAGAAGAGGUUUGGGGCUCUCUCCAGACAGUGUGCCAUGGUCAAGCAGGCCCACGAGAAGCUGGAGCAAAACGGUAUGCCCGCCACAGCCAUGCCCACUAACACAUUUAGACAGUGUAUUUUAUGUAACACUUAAGUUGCUCUCAUACCAUUGCAAAGCAACUUAAAGGUGCAAUAUGUAACUUUUUGGGCGACCUGACAAAAUUCCCAUAGAAAUGGGAGUUAUAGAUCUGUCAUUCGGAAUGAAAGCAAGUCUAAGAAGCGGUAGAUCUGUUCUAUGUGCGCAAUUUCUAUGCAUCCCGUUUUUAGGUUUAAUUUUUGCUUCUUUUACUUUCGGUUUUGUACACCAGCUUCCAACAGCUGAAAACACAAUAUUUUGGUUUAUGGAAAAGAUACUUCACAGCGGUUUAGAUGGUACAAUGAUUCUCUAAACUAUUCUUGCUUGUUUUGUCACAUAAAUUAGGCGAACUAUUAGAAUUUUAGCAACCAGGAAAUGGCAGAGCGAUUUCUGCAUCUUUAAUGUAAAGUGUUAGUUACCAUAUGUUUUAAAAUCAAGACUUUCCCCAAGACUAACAGAUAUUCACCAGUACGGUGGUGGCCUUUUUUUAAUCUGAGAAACCUCAGCGUGUUUUGUUAUUGUGAUGUCUGAUAACAGUGGCAGGCCAUACAUUAUCAGGUAGCCAUAGCCAUUCUUGUCUGACAUUUAACCAGUAACUCUGUUGUACUUAUAUCGCCUUGUUUUUAAAAAUAUGUUAAUCUUUUGCCACUAAUCCAUAGUAUCACUAUUUAUGUAAAGUGGUGAUACAGUUACGGUGGGGCCAGCAGUUGCUGUUAAUUUAAAGGAGAUAGGAUUAAUUUGUCUGCCUUGUGGAGUUAGUCUGGAAAUUGUUACACUUUUCCAUGUGCAGUAAAGAAAGUAGCUACACAUAAAUCCCAGAAAUAUUUCAUUUGGUCAACAAUUACAUUAUUUAGUUAAUUAAUUAUUUUAGUUCAGAAAGCUUCCAUUUGUGAACUCUUGAUCCCUUUUACAGUUGAAGAUGCCAUGAGACUCAAUAAGAAACUAACUUCUGUGAAUAGAAAACAAGAGUCUACAAUCAUCUCCUUAAAACAGGUGAGACAUGAUUUAAAUAUGAAUUUUAAAAUGUGUGUUACAUCAUCAGAGAAUACAGAUUGCUGUGUAGAGGGUAAGAUUGGGGAGAGCAGGCAGUACCUGGGGGUGUAACUCAAAUAUUUCCCUGCCAAGGAGAUCAAAGAAGACCAUAUAUAAUUGCUGUGCGGUAUCUCUGUAAUAGAAAUGUACAGCAUGCACAGUGCUAAAUGGAAUAGUGAUCUGUUAAGUGGCAGAGACUGAAGGUUACACAUAUUUUACAAUGACAGUUUUCUUACUGUUCCAUCUUAUGGAUGUGGAUCUGAGUUUUGGGGUUGAUAACCAUGUGAGUAUCCCACUUUGUAAGUUAAGGCACUCAUAUGUUACUUUCUUCGUCAAGGAUGUGGAGGAACUUAAUAACAAGCUUAUUAAGGCCAAAGUGCCAUCCGUGGGUAGCUCUGAAGAGAACUGCAACCUCACAGUCAAAGAGCAAAACAUACAGCAACUUCAACACAGACUGCAUGUGGUAAAAGUUAUUUUUCUGGAUAUAUAGCAGGGCAUUCAUUGUUAUCUUAAUUUACUUGAAUUAAAUGUUAAUAGUUACAUUAUUUUUCAGGAAACAGCAAUGAAUAAAAAACUCAGAGAUGAGCAUACAACUGAAAGAAAUGGAAAAAAGGUCAGUAUCAAUUUCCCCCCACACAUAGCAUAGUGUAUUACAUAUCCAACCCCUUUCCCCCCAAUUACCCCAUAAUAAUGUGGGUUGCUCGAUGGGUUGAAAAUGUUAAAAGGUUACAUUUGAUGAAUUUGGGGAAAGUGUGUCAGUGUAAAAUAAAGGGGGUUGGCUUGUGGGGGUUGCGAGAGGGGGAUAUCCAUGCAUGUCAGGCAAGCGGUUGUGCUGUAUGUCAUUAACACAGACCCCACCCCCUUUGUGUGUGUGUGUGUGUAUGUGUGUGUGUGUAUGUGUGUGUGUUCAGGAGGUGAUGAACUCCCUGCAGCUUACCCAGCAGCUUCUGCUGACACAGACUCAGGCUGUGAGCCGAGUGGAGCUGGAGCUUCAAGCACAGCGAGAGGAGUACCAGGUCAGGACUUUUAGCAAUUAUUAGUUUCUCCUAGUUUCUAACAAACAAACUAAGCUAAAGUAAAGGGUGCUUUUAUAUUUUUUGAUUAAAAAAAGGGUUUGUUUAUAUAUUCAUAAUACAAAUGUUAUUCUGCUCUAUGACAACUUAUAGCAUGUUUUAUUACACCCAUGACUUAUAAGGGAAUUGAAAGAGAAAAGGUGUAUGAUACAUUUUCUGAAAAUAUAACAAUUUGAAAAGUUUGAUUUAAAUGAACAGAUUGUACAUGGUUAAAUACAAAACGGUAGAAUAAAAACACUUCCUCUUAGUCACAGAACAAAGGUUUCUUACACCAUUUAAAUGAUUAUGGAGUGAAGUUAUACAAGGACAGAAAUAAAUGAUGGUGCUUACAGCACCUAAAGAUGAUGGAGUGUAUUGUAGAUCACACUUUGCACAAUAGUACACACAAAGUGCAACUGAAUGAUAGUGUGUUUAUUCUGUGUUUAAAGACACCUCUCUUAUUGUCUUUUACUCACUCCUCUUCCACGUUUUAAUUCACCUUCAUUCAUUUAUUAAAAUCAUUAUUAAAAUGACACAACCCAACUGAUUUGUAUUAGCUUCUCUGUCUGUUUAAAACCCUCUGUCCAGGUUAAAUAAACACAUAAAAACGUAUUAUUGCAUUAAAAAUCUCUCGGGUGAUUAAUUUUAUUGCAGGCCCUUAAAAGAGAACACGAAGUGAUCCAAGAGAAGACCCAGGAAAAAGAAGACAGAUUCACUCAUCUGAUGGAGGAGUACAAAAACUGUAGAAUGAUCUGGGAAAAUGAGGUAUCAUUGAAUAUUGUAAAAUACGGUUGAAAAUAUGUUGUUGUGAUGUACUGGACACAUGUAUUCAAUGGACAAAGGCUCUCUUGUGAUGUAAAACUAAACUAGACAUGGUAUAUUUACAGUGCAUUCGGAAAGUAUUCAGACCCCUUGACUUUUUCCACAUUUUGUUACAUUACAGCCUUAUUCUAAAAUUAUUUAAAUUGUUUUUUUCCCUCAUCAAUCUACACACAAUACCCCAUAAUGACAAAGCAAAAACAGGUUUUUAAUGUUUGCAAAUGUAUAUAAAAAAAAAAAAACUGAAUAACACAUUUACAUAAGUAUUCAGACCCUUUACUCAGUACUUUGUUGAAGCACCUUUGGCAGCGAUUACAGCCUCAAGUCUUCUUGGGUAUGACGCUACAAGCUUGGCACACCUGUAUUUGGGGAGUUUCUCCCAUUCUUCUCUGCAUAUCCUCUCAAGCUCUCUCAGGUUGGAUGGGGAGCGUCGCUGCACAGCUAUUUUCAGGUCUCUCCAGAGAUGUUUGAUCCGGUUCAAGUCCGGGCUCUGGCUGGGCAACUCAAGGACAUUCAGAGACUUGUCCUGAAGCCACUUCUGUGUUGUCUUGGCUGUGUGCUUAGGGUCGUUGUCCUGUUGGAAGGUGAACCUUCGCCUGAAGGUUCACUCUGGAGCAGGUUUUCAUUAAGGAUCUCUCAGUACUUUUCUCCGUUCAUCUUUCUCUCGAUACUGACUCGUCUCCCAGUCCCUGCCGCUGAAAAACAUCCCCACAGCAUGAUGCAGCCACCACCAUGCUUCACCGUAGGGAUGGUGCCAGGUUUCCUCCAGACGUAACGCUUGGCAUUCAGGCCAAAGAGUUCAAUCUUGGUUUCAUCAGACCAGAGAAUCUUGUUUCUCAUAGUCUGAGAGUCCUUUAGCUGCCUUUUGGCAAACUCCAAGCGGGCAGUCAUGUGCCUUUUUACUGAGGAGUGGCUUCCGUCUGGCCACUCUACAAUAAAGGACUGCUUGGUGGAGUGCUGCAGAGAUGGUUGUCUUUCUGGAAGGUUCUCCAAUCUCCACAGAAGAACUCUGGAGCUCUGUCAGAGUGACAGAGUUUUGGUCACCUACCUGAACAAGGCCCUUCUCCCCUGAUUGCUCAGUUUGGUCGGGAGGCCAGCUCUAGGAAGAGUCUUGGUGGUUCCAAACUUCUUCCAUUUAAGAAUGAUGGAGGCCACUGUGUUCUUGGGGACCUUCAAUGCUGCAGAAAUAUUUUGGUACCCUUCCCUAGAUCUGUGCCUUGACACAAUCCUGUCUCGGAGCCAUACGGAAAAUUCCUUCGACCUCAUAGCUUAGUUUUUGCUCUGACAUGCACUGUCAACUGUGUGACCUUAUAUAGACAGGUGUGUGCCUUUCCAAAUCAUGUCCAAUCAAUUGAAUUUACCACAGGUGGACUCCAAUCAAGUUAUAGAAACAUCAAGGAUGAUCAAUGGAAACAGGAUGCACCUGAGCUUUUCUAAAAACCUGUUUUCGCUUUGGCAUUAUGGGAUAUUGUGUGUAGAUUAAUUAGGAUUAUAUAAAUAAAUAAAAUAAGGCUGUAACGUAACAAAAUGUGGAAAAAGUCAAGGAGUCUGAAUACUUUCCGAAUGCACUGUAUGUGUUAUUAUUUCACAUAGCUAUCUGAACACACUAUUAAAGUGUUACAUUAUUUUUGUAUUGCAUGUGCUUAAACAGAAACUGAUGUUACAAGAGAGGAUCCAGUCAGAGCACCAAGACCUGAGAUCUGUAAAGGAGGCUUAUAACCACCUUCAUGAGCAACACACAGAACUAUCAUCCCGUGCUAUACUGCAAGCAGAACACAUACAGGGACUAGAGGUGGGACAGCAACAUCAAAAUAGGAGAUAUGCAUGCUGAUAUACAAUGCUGAUUAAUAACAGAAAGGCCUAUGUUUAAUUGCAGUAUUUCAGCCUCACACCAUGAAUAACUCAAUAACACUAUGUUGUCUGUUAUGAUUCACUUAUACAGAGUGGGAUGAAGGACUAUGUUAAAGACAACGGGAAUCCAAUGGGUGAAAACAGAGAUCAAUCCGCUAUGGAUGAAUAUGUCUCAAAGGACGUUUGUAGAGUGGACACAAUUGUAGUGGAUGAAGAGGCUCAAACAGCGGAAAGUGACUCUAGACAGGAGAAUCUAGAUGUUACAGAUGUGUCAGGUAAUGUGAUCCACUUCAAUUGCAUGAUAAAUUAUCAUUGUUUUAAAAUGAAUUGCAGAUUUAAUUGUGGCAUUGAUGUAGGUGCAAUGAAUGUAAUUUUUUUAUUAGCAAAUGUAUUAUUGAUGUUGUUUGGCUAUGUGAUUUACCUACACAGACCAAAGCAGGGAAGUCGGUCCAUCCUGUUGUUCGGAGACUGUGAUUGAUGACUCUCCACAGAUAGCCCACUGUAAGGUUAUCGACAGUGUACAGGCCACCCAUGGUUCCAAUCCAGAUCGGUCCACAGACGUAGAGGGAGGUGGAAAGAGCUGUCAGGGUGAAGACAAGCCUAGCUCGGUGCUCCAGCCACCAGCAGGAAAUCUGAAGGAGUUGACCUCGCUCCAGUCUGGAUCUGCAGACGGUCCGACCACGGUCACAGACAUGGUCCAUGUGCGGAGUAUUUGCGGAAUAGGAGAAGGUCAGUCAGCUGACUCAAACAACAAACGUAACUCCAGUGAUUUCAAUGAUCCAGUCUGCAGUUUGAUUAAUAAUGUCUGCUCAUCCAGCAAUGUCCAUCUGAGCGACAAAAGUGACUCUAUGAGUGGGCUAUCUGGCUCUGAGAACAGGUCUGUUUAUGGUGCGCUAAACAGUGACCCAGUGGCUGGAGGAACAAGGGAUGGAGAGCAAAAACAGAGUGUGUAUAUGCCAGAGAUGACAACCAGCCAGACAUUUAAUAAACACAGAGGCAGACAGAAAAGCACAUCAUCAUUUCAGGACAUUGACCCAGUCCAAGCGGUGACCCCAUUGGCAGUCUCACAGUCAGAUCCAUACAACUUUCUCCUUCAGAAGGUCGUUGAAAUCCAUGUAAUAAGAUGUCACACGCCAGAGGUCAAUGAGGUCAACAUCCUUCCAGAGUCACAUAGCAGCUUAUUACCAGCCUCAGCCCAACAACACAGCAACACACACAUUGAGAAUCCGACAGAACAAGAGACAACCGGAACAUAUUGUCUUCCAUCACAGCCCCUGAACCUGCCACAGCAAAUCAAUCCCCAUGGUGUUGUUGCACAGGACUGUGCUCAGUCUGACUGUAAUAUUGGAACCAUGGAGCCUGAGGACAAGCAUGAACAACCAGCUAGAGACUGUGUGCCAGUGACUGAGGAUGCACUCUAUCCUAACUGUCAGGAAACCUUACCAGAGAGUGGAGCUCUCGAUGUGAGCCCUGAUGCUCGAACCCAUGGAGAUCCUGAACAACCAUCUCCAAUGGCUAUGGAUUCACCACAGUCUGAGAGGGUUCAUGAAGGCCACUGCUCUAACUCUACAGUGGAGGAGAAGUUGAGACCACAACAUGCCAAUGACAAAGAUACUGAAGUUAAGCACAACAACCCAGCAACCUCCAAACCCCCAAGCGAUGAGACAGAUCUCUCCCCCAAAAGCAAUAAUUCAAAACAAUCUGGCCUGCUGAAAGCUGAGGAGAAGAUAUCUGAAACCAUUGACUUUUCGUUUCUAGCAAGCAACAAAAGAUAUCGAUCAUCAUUUGAGUUAACUGCAGAGAAAAGGGACAUACAUUCCAGGAACAUGCACAGCAUCGCAAUUAGUCAAAGUGCCCACGACAGCAGGCCUACAACCCCUACAUGCCAGAUAUCCCCAGUGUCUGACCUGAAAACCAAACUGUCCUCUGGAUUCCAAGAGCCUCCUUCUCCAUUCACAAUACCCAUCUUUCUAAAGGGCAAGCAAAACGCCAGAGGUGAGUGAGGCAAUCAUUUAGAGUACUCUAGUGUAAAGAUAAAUUAUGGUAUUUUCAAAUAAUCUUUCUUGUUUUGGGGCUUCAUGAUUGCCUCCCUGAGAUUGGCAUACCUGCAUUUUAAUAAAAUUAAUCAGAUUGGCUUCCAUUCCCUGUUUGGAAUUCAGAUCCUUCAGUGAUGACUAGGUCUGCAGACUCGCAGAACCCUCCCAGCUUCCCGACGUCCCACAAGAGAGAUCAUCAAGGGGAAUGGAACACCAUUAGAGAGACGUUUUAUGAAAUGUCAGCAGAAAAAGUGAGUUGAUAUACAGUAUCUAAGGAGCAGGAGGGAAAACCCUAGUGAGCUAAACUCACAGCUAUGCAGAGCAAUGAAGUUAAAAAGUGUGCUUCAAGUUGAUUUCCAUUUCCAAAAACGUUUCAGCAGGGUGGAAUGAGGUUGAUAGUCUCAGUGUAUUCAUCACGUAGAGCAGGGGUGUCGAACUCAUUUUUCCCCGGAGCCCGCAUUCGGUCUUCAACGAGGGCGGAGGGCCGCACUGAUUUUGUUUUAUAUUUCCUUGCCGUCAAAAAAUGCAAAGAAUAGUCCUCUAUCCAUAGUUUGGGGAAUUGUCGAUGCUCCAUGACUGUCUAGUGAUUAUUAGUGAGCUGAAUGAAUAUAGGGCCAUUAUCAUUUCUACACAGUUUCGAUUUUAAUGUAUACUGAACAAAAAUAUGAACGCAGCAUGUAAAGUGUUCGUCCCAUGUUUCAUGAGCUGAAAUAAAAGAUCCCAGAUAUAUUCCAUACGCACAAAAAGCUUAUUUCUCAAAAGUGUUGUGCACAAAUUUGUUUACAUCCCUGUUAGUGAGAAUUUAUCCUUUGCCAAGAUAAUCUAUCCACCUGACAGGUGUGGCAUAUCAAGAAGCUGAUUAAACAGCAUGAUCAUUACACAGGUACACCUUGUGCUGGGGACAAUAAAAGGCCACUCUAAAAUGUGCAGUUUUGUCACACAACACAAUGCCACAGAUGUCUCAAGUUUUGAGGGAGCGUGCAAUUGGCAUGCUGGCUGCAGGAAUGUCCACCAGAGCUGUUGCCAGAGAAUUGAAUGUUCAUUUCUCUACCAACGUCGUUUUAGAAAAUUUGGCAGUACGUCCAACCGCCUCACAACCGCAGCCCACUUGUAACCAAGCCACCCCAAGACCUCCACAUCUGGCUUCUUCACUUGCUGAAUCGUCUGAGUGGGGAGGGGGUGCUGAGGAGUAUUUCUGUCUGUAAUAAAGCCCUUUGGUGGGGAAAAACUCAUUCUGAUUGGCUGGGCCUGGCUCCCCAGUGGGUGGGCUUGGCUCCCAAGUGGAUAGGCCUAUGCCCUUCCAGGCCCACCCAUGGCUGCGCCCCUGGCCAGUCAUGUGAAUUCCAUAGAUUAGGGCCUAAUUUAUUUAUUUCCAUUGACUGAUUUCCUUAUAUGAACUUUAACUCAGUAAAAUCUUUGAAAUUGUUGCAUGUUGCGUUUAUAUUUUUGUUCAGUGUAUAUUGAGUUUGUACCCCUCCCCCGGAUUGGACCCCUGGCCCGCGAGCCGUAUUUUUGACACCUUAUCUCGACUCUGAAGGGAUAGAUUGGUAGACGGGAUCAACCAUGCUUGGGAUUGUCUACAAUGUUGAAUCAACUCUUCCUUAUAUGUUUAUAGGGAACCCUGAGGCAUAUCUGUGACAGAAAACAGUCCAAACUAUUGCAGAUCAUUGUUUCCUGUAAACCUUUUUUGUCUUUUGUAUCCAAGCCUCUGAGUUGAGGGUCACAGAGAUGCUUCUGUUGAGGGGUGGGAUUUUCAACAUAUAAAACUCACAUAGCUAGAUAGAGAAUGGAUUGGCUGUGGGAAUAGGCUACCUAAUGAUACUUUGCUACCUCUCCUCACUCACUCACUCUCUCGUCACAGUCAUCGCAUCGUGUCAGUCUGCUGUUUAUCAGAGCCAGGUGCUGUAAAUUGAGAGAGAAAUAACCAAGCAUGUCUAAUGUAUGAGGGGAAAGACCCUCAAUACAGUAAGGGGACAAUUGCAACAAAUUGGAUCUAUUAUUUAAGGCCAGAUGGCUCAUAACAUUGUAUUUAUUAUAAACAGCAAGGCACAAAGGUGAAAGAUAGCAGCAGUGGAAUGCUAUAGGGCAGGGGUGUUCAACCAGGGGUACUGUGGUUGAACAGGAGCAUAUCUUCUCUCUAAUGAUGUCAACUUUAUUUCUCAACUCAAUUUAUUUCUCAAUUACACUCAUUGGAGCUAAUUACACUCACUGGAGUAUCUGACAUAGGCUUUGAAGAAUCACCCGUGAGUACCAGUCGCGGCAAGUGCCGCUGACUGCUGGUAAGCUUGCUUGACUUAGGGCUCUAUUCAAUCCGUAUCGUGGAAGUACCUUUACAUUUCUAUUGUGCAGCAAUACUGAUUGAAUAGAGCCCUUAAUACGUUUUUGCCAACACAUGGCAAACUUUUGUUUAACCAGCUGAACAGCUGCUAUUAGCGAAAAUGUGUUUGGAGUUACCUUUUUAUCUAAUAUGUAUCAGGACUGAGGAUAAGACCCAGAUGCAGACAGUUUGAAUCACAGAUGUUUAUUACGGCAGGCAGGCUCAGGGUCAGGGCAGGCAGAAUGGUCAGAAAUCCAAGGCAGCUUUUAAACAGGUACAGAACGGCAGGCAGGCUCAGGGUCAGGGCAGGCAGAAUGGUCAGAACUGGGAGGACUAGAAAACAGAAACUAGAAAAGCUCGAAAACGGGAAAACAUGCUGGUAAGCGUUGACGGGACAAGACGAACUGGCAACAGAAAAACAGAAAACACUGGUAUAAAUACACAGGGGAUAAUGGGGACAAAUGGGAGAUACCUGGUGGGGGGUGGAGACAAGCACAAGACAGGUGAAACAGAUCAGGCCGUGAUAAUAUGCUACGUAAGAGUUUACACUUCCUCUUCCAAUUAUUAUGCGGGGAGGUCAAAAUAAUGAAAAACUAUCUACCAAAUCGAUUCAUUUUAAAAUGUUGAUUACUUCUCCUUGCCAUUUACUUAUUUUGCUAACAUAUGAGGGGGUCCCUGGGUCGCCGGUUUGCCUGGGUGUGGGUUGAAGACCCCUGUUAAAGGGAUAUACUGUACAUUUUCACAGUGAUGAACUGUAGGCUAUUGUGUUCAUUUCUGCAGGAGAGCAGAGAUCACAUCCCAGUCAGCUCUGCUUUACCUAUCAUCACGAACCCUUCCUCUAUGGGCAGCAGCAGGUUGUGGCAGGACUACCCCAGGACCAUCUCCUCUCCAUGUCACCCCAGCUUCAGCAGAGGGACUGCUUCUGAGGCUUUCCCACCCAGCUCACAGGACGACGAGGAGUCACAGCAAUCCAACAUCAGAGCCCAAAUUGCUAAAAUAGAGCCGUUCCUGUGCUCCGCGAGGUUGAGACUCCCAAAGAAACGCAAAAUGGAUGAAAUUGAAACUAUGCAGUUGUAA